CCAUUUGUUGGUUGGGGGAAGGCCAACGCUAAAACAAAAAGUAAAAGAUUCUAGCCGCGUCAAGAAAACGACACAGAAUCUGGUCGUUUCGAGGAAGUUACGUUAUGUUAAUGUUAAUAUCAGUCUCUUCUCUCCAACAUUUUCCACUUUCAAAAACGCUUCAGCUUUCUUCUCUCUCUCUGUUUUCGCUUCGCAAGCUUUGGGACUUCAGCAAAGAUUGGUGAAUUUAAAUUACUCUUGGCCUAAUCUGUACCGAGUCUCAACUGAUGGGAUGGGGAAACAUCUACAAAAGACGGAUGAAAGUUUGCACAGUUGCGUUAAUGAUAUACCUUGAUUACAAGGCUUUGCAGCAACGGGAGAAAUGGAUUAGCAAAAGUAAAGGAGCUACUUUAUGGGAAAGUGCUCAUGAGCGCAAUGCUAAACGUGUUCUCAGUUUGAUAAUAGAGUUGGAAGGUUUGUGGGUGAAACUUGGGCAGUAUCUAUCUACAAGAGCAGAUGUACUUCCUGAGGCAUAUAUUAGCCUUCUCAAACAAUUACAGGACUCUCUUCCUCCUCGUCCUUUGGAAGAGGUUUGUCGAACCAUACAGAAAGAGUUCGGAAAAUCAAUGGAUGAGUUGUUCUUAGAUUUUGUGAAAGUUCCUUUGGCAACAGCAUCAAUAGCACAAGUCCAUCGUGCUACCCUGCUUAAUGGGCAGGAAGUAGUUGUUAAAGUUCAACAUGAGGGCAUCAAGACAAUUAUUUUGGAGGACUUGAAGAAUGCUAAGUCAAUUGUUGACUGGAUAGCAUGGGCAGAGCCUCAAUUCAAUUUUAAUCCUAUGAUAGAUGAAUGGUGCAAAGAAUCUCCCAAAGAACUUGACUUCAAUCAUGAAGCUGAGAAUACCAGAACAGUGUCUAAAAAUCUUGGCUGCAAAACCAAAUGUGACGAUAACACGCGUGCUGAUCAAGUAGAUGUUUUGAUUCCAGAGGUUAUUCAGUCAACAGAGAAAGUCAUCAUUUCAGAGUUUAUGGAUGGCAUUCGUUUAAAUGACAUAGAAUCACUGGAAGCAUUUGGUGUUGACAAACAAAAGGUUAUUGAAGAAAUCACACGUGCAUAUGCCCACCAAAUCUAUAUUGAUGGAUUUUUUAAUGGAGACCCUCAUCCUGGAAACUUUCUUGUGAGCAAGGAACCUCCACAUCGUCCUGUUUUGCUUGACUUUGGGCUUACAAAGAAAUUGUCAAGCUCUUUUAAAAAAGCGCUAGCAAAGAUGUUCUUGGCAUCUGCUGAGGGGGACCACGUCGCUCUAUUGUCUGCUUUUGCAGAAAUGGGUCUUAAAUUGCGCCUGGAUAUACCAGAGCAAGCAAUGGAGAUAACAAGUGUAUUCUUCCGUAGUACAACACCAGCCAAUGAGUCUCAUGAAACAAUGAAAUCUUUGGCUGAUCAAAGAACAAAAAACAUGAAGGUUAUACAGGAUAAGAUGCAACUUAACAAAAAGGAGGUUAAACGCUUUAAUCCUGUUGAUGCAUUUCCAGGUGAUAUUGUAAUUUUUGCACGAGUCCUCAAUCUUCUCAGAGGGCUUUCUUCCACAAUGAAUGUCCGCAUUGUAUAUCAAGAUAUCAUGAGACCAUUUGCCGAAUCCGUUUUACAAGGAAACAUUAAUAGGGGACCAAUGGUAAAUGAUCAGUGGGUCUAUGAUACACCUGCCCACUCUGAUGUGGAGGCCAAGCUGAGGCAACUCCUAGUUGAGAUGGGGAAUAACAAUAAAAUACUUGGAGUUCAGGUAUGUGCCUACAAAGAUGGUAAAGUUAUUAUUGACACUGCUGCUGGAGUGCUUGGUAGAUAUGAUCCUCGUCCAGUUCAGCUUGACAGCCUUUUCCCGGUUUUUUCUGUAACAAAGGGUAUAACAGCUGGAAUGCUACAUUGGCUGGCUGACACUGGUUAUUCUGCUUUCAGAAAAUUGAAGCUGGAGGAAAAUGUAGCAAAUAUAUGGCCAGAAUUUGGAUCAAAUAGAAAAGAUCACAUAAAGGUCCAUCAUGUGCUUAACCAUACAUCCGGACUGCACAAUGCGUUGGCAGAUGGCAGAGAAAACCCUUUGCUUAUGGCUGACUGGGAGGAGUGUUUAAACCGCAUUGCCAUGUCAGAACCUGAGACUGAACCUGGCCAGGAGCAGUUCUAUCACUAUCUAUCUUAUGGUUGGAUAUGUGGUGGAAUCAUUGAGCAUGCAUCAGGGAGGAAAUUCAAGGAGAUUCUUGAAGAAGCAUUCAUUCACCCCCUCCAAAUUGAAGGCGAGAUGUAUAUUGGAAUCCCUCCAGGUGUGGAAUCUCGACUUGCAACCCUUACACCAGAUACAGAGGAUUUGAAGAAGCUUUCGGGGCUUAGCAGUCGAGCCGCCCUGCCAUCCUCUUUCCAGCCAGACAACAUUAUACAACUUGCUUCUGUAUUGCCUGCUCUAUUUAACAUGCUAAACAUUCGUCGUGCCAUAAUACCUGCAGCUAAUGGACAUUGCUCAGCUCGAGCUCUUGCACGUUAUUAUGCAGCCUUAGUUGAUGGUGGUGUUGUUCCACCGCCUCAUUCCUCCUCCUCUAAGCCAGCUCUUGGUAGCCACCCUCACAUUCCCAAGUAUCCUGUUCAGAGCUCACCCAAAAAGCAAAAAGGUAGCAGAACCAAGAAGGUAGCUGCUGCUUUCAGGUGCAGAACAAAUAAAUAUGAGCCCACACCACAAGACCCAGACCAGGAUAUCGUUAGUCACAGUAGAAACACGAGCAACGAUAGCGACACCGGUUUGACUGAGGUCAUUGUGAGUCCCAAAAAAGACAAUGAUGGUAAGAUCUUUAGCAACCCCAGAAUUCAUGAUGCUUUCUUGGGUGUGGGGGAAUAUGCAAAUUUGGUGAAGCCAGAUGGGAACUUUGGACUUGGGUUUAAGAGGUAUCGUUCGAAGGACGGGCCCCUUACUGGAUUUGGACACUCGGGAAUGGGUGGAUCCACGGGUUUUGUUGAUAUAGAAAACAGGUUUGCCAUUGCUGUGACCGUGAAUAAAAUGACAUUUGGAGCUGCGACUGGAAGGAUAAUUCAGUUUGUUUGUUCAGAGUUAAAUAUCCCAGUGCCAGAGGAUUAUUCAAAAUUCGCAGAAAGCGGAUCUGAGGUGGGAAAACCUUUGAUCAAUUGAGGCUGGAAAUUUAUAAGCCUUUUUUUUACCCUUCAUUCCCAUUAUAACCUGUAUCACACAUUUUGAUUACCCCCACAUGAACGAGUGUAUAUAGUAUUAUACUUUAUAGUUAUAGUGAUUGUAAUUUAAACAGAACAGUUUACUAAAAGUGAAAAUUUGAGCUCACUUGAGAUUAUUCUUUUUCA